UCCAGCACCAAAGUGAUAACUACAAGGACCAGAAUGCACCGCCGCAACGGCCAUUCAGUCAGGGAGAGCUAUGACGACGUAGAGCCGCCCUGCAAUCUUCAGCAAAAAACAAAGCAGAAGGGGAGGACUCCCGGCAUUCAUUGCGCUCAUUGUCAUGGUGUUUCCGGGUUUUGUAUUGGAGGAGGAGUUUUCAUGUCCCGGUGAAGCGAAAGCGGCAUGGCGGCUCCCGAAGAAGCUAAAGCUGGGAAGGGGGUCACCGCGACGAGAACUGCCCCCCCAACCAAGAAAAAUAACAAAGCAGAUGAAUCUGAACUUCUCACUGUUCCUGAUGGAUGGAAAGAACCACCCUUUAAGAGAGAUGAUAAUCCUAAAGGGCUUCUGGAAGAAAGCAGCUUUGCCACCCUAUUUCCAAAAUACAGAGAAGCUUACUUGAAAGAAUGCUGGCCACUGGUGCAAAAGGCUUUGAAUGAACAUCACAUAAAUGCAGCUUUAGACCUAAUUGAAGGAAGCAUUACUGUCACCACAACAAAGAAGACCUUUGAUCCAUAUAUCAUCAUCAGAGCCAGAGACUUAAUAAAGCUUUUAGCAAGAAGUGUUCCAUUUGAGCAGGCUGUGCGCAUCCUUGAAGAUGAUGUUGCAUGUGACAUCAUUAAAAUAGGGUCCCUGGUGAGGAACAGAGAGAGGUUUAUAAAACGGCGGCAGAGGCUUAUUGGUCCAAAUGGAUCGACUCUGAAGGCUCUGGAACUGUUAACAAACUGUUACAUCAUGGUUCAGGGGAAUACUGUUUCAGCUCUUGGACCUUUUAAUGGCUUAAAAGAGGUUAGGAAAGUUGUUUUGGAUACAAUGAAGAAUAUUCACCCUAUAUAUAACAUCAAGACUUUGAUGAUUAAAAGGGAGUUGUUAAAAGAUCCUGAAUUAAGAUUGCAGAACUGGGAGCGGUUUUUGCCCAAGUUCAAACACAAAAAUUUGAACAAACGGAAGGAACCAAAGAAGAAAAACAUCAAGAAGGAGUAUACUCCCUUCCCACCUCCACAGCCAGAGAGUCAGAUUGAUAAAGAAUUGGCAAGUGGCGAAUAUUUCUUGAAAGACAGUCAGAAGAAACGGAAGAGAGUGGAAGAGAUAAAGGCAAAACAAGCAGAAGCAAUUAAUAAGAGACAAGAAGAAAGAAACAAAGCGUUUAUUCCGCCGAAGGAAAAGCCAGUUGUAAAGCCAAAGAAAGCUACUUCUGAAACAAAAAUUGAUAUUGAAGUCAUUAAAGAAAAGGUUAAAAAGGCAAAGAGGAAGAAGUUGGGAGCACUUCCUGUGGAAGAAGUAAAGUUAAAAAUGGCAACAGUUAAGAAGAAGAAGAAAUGAUUAAAAGGCUUCAGUACUUCUCUUUUUCAAAGGAGGAAGAAUCUUCGUAUUUAUAACUGACUUUCUUUGCAGUCCUCAUCAAAGAUGAAAGCUUCACCUUUUUCUCGUGUGGGGGGAAAAGCUAGUGACUUAAAGCUUUUAAUAAGGACUUUUGAAUUGUGACUUCAGUCACUGAGAGGAUUUUGUAAUGCGUAAAUAUUGCUCAAAUAUGUGACAUUAUUUGUAAUAUUUUUGUGUUCGACUCUUGCAGUGAGUGCUUCUCUGAAACUACAAGAGAGAACAGGUUUUUCAUGGGAAGAUAUAAACUUUUUUUCCAAGCACAAACAUAAAUUGAUAUUACAUAAACGAUUCAAUAUGUUUAGGUAUGAACAUUCUAAUGUUUUUGGUCUGUUUUAUAUCAAGUAUGUUUGAAUUAAAGCUUUCAAAGAGUG